UCAACUAUCAGAGUGUUAAACUGUCAGAGUUCAACAGUAAUUAUUCAGACUGAAUGAGGUGAACAUUUUCAGAGUUUGGAGCAAUGCCAGCGGUGGUCGAUGCUAACACUAAGUUAGCGCCUCUUUAAAGGAUACCGACCGUCAGACUGUCAGAGAGUCCAUCACAUCACCCAGAAGCUGUUUCACACAAGAACGCUUCUACAAAUCAACUGAGCUGCUGAAUUCACUGAGAGACAGUCGGAGUCAGCUGACCGUCCUGUAAACAGCUGAUCCUCUCUGUGAUACACAGCACUGACUCAGGAUGAAUGGUAAGAGAGCCCCGCCCACCUACUCCUCCAGCCAAUCAGAGACAGCCGCAGGGUCCAGGUGCAGCCCUCUGGACACCGCAGGCUUCCUGUCCUUCAGCACCAUGUCCUGGAUGUCUGCCGUCAUGUGGUCCAUGUCCAGGAAGAAGCUGGACUUCAGCUCCCUCGGUCUGUCUCCUCUGGAUGGAGCUGACGUCAACGCAGACGAGCUGCAGAGACUCUGGGAGGAGGAGGUGUGUAAAGUUGGUCUACAGAAAGCGUCUCUGACUCGAGUGCUACUUCGCUUCCAGAGAUCCAGACUGCUGCUGGUCCUCUUCAUCACUGUCCUCUUCAUGAUGGCUCUGUUUGUCGGCUCAGGUAUCCUGAUCCAUGAGUUCGUCAGCUACAUCGUCCAGCCGGAGGCGUCCUCAGUGCUGGGGGGCGUGGCUCUGUGUCUGGGUCUGGUGUCCGUGGAGAUGUUCAGGGUGGGCUGUCUCACUCUGAGCUGGGCUCUUAACCUGAGGACCGGCAUCAGGCUGAAGACGGCGUUCUGCAUGCUGGGCUUCCACAAGAUCGUCUCUCUGAGGACACACAGCGGAGUCUCUGUGGGACAGAUGGUGAACAUGUUGACCAAUGACAGCUACCGGCUGUUUGAAGCCGUCCUAUUGGCUCCUCUCGUGCUGCCGUUUCCCCUCCUGCUCAUCAGCUGCUCCGUCUACUGCUGCUACAUCCUGCACUACACCGCCCUGAUCGGCGUCCUCAUCUUCCUCCUCUUCAUCCUGCUGCAGUUUGUGUUUGCCAGGCUCAUCAACAUGUACCAGCAGAGAUCCGUGUUCAUCACAGACAGUCGAGUUCGGACCGUUAACGAGGUUCUGACCUGCUUCAGACUCAUCAAGAUGUUGGUGCUGGAAGACUCGUUUGAGAAGAAGAUCACAGACGUCAGGAACGCAGAGACGAGGAUGUUGGAGAAAGCUGCUUUCAUCCAGAACUUCAGUGUGACCAUCAGCCCUCUCAUCCCCAUCAUCGCCGCCGCGUGCACCUUCAUCGUUCACACGGCGCUGGGCUUCCCGCUCAGCAUCGACACGGCGAUUCCAGUCGUCACCAUCUUCAACAGCAUGCGUUUCAUCCUGCCCGUGGCGCCCACCGCCGUCAAGUGCCUGGCUGAAGCUGCCGUGUCCGUGCGCCGCCUGAAGAAGUUGCUGCUGAUAGAGAAUCCAGAGUCCUACGUGCUCCAGAAGUCAGUCAUCAGGUCAGCAGCCGUCGUCAUGGACAACGCUACCCUGUCGUGGACGGGACCGCUCCACCCCCCCCACACGGAGGACAGGGACGACCUGGCGUCCAAACAGGGACACACCGAGGCCCCGCCCACCCUGAGGAACAUCUCCUUCACCCUGCCGAAGGGCCGGCUGCUGGGUGUGUGUGGGUCUGUGGGCAGCGGGAAGACGUCGCUGAUCUGCAGUCUGCUGGAACAGAUGCACCUGCAGCAGGGCUCCGUCUCCGUCCACGGAUCCGUCGCCUACGUCUCCCAGCAGGCCUGGAUCUUCUACGGGACCGUCCAAGACAACAUCCUGAUGGGGGAACGUUUGGACCGUCCCAGGUACAACAGAGUCCUCAGCUGCUGCAGCCUGGACAAAGACCUGGACAUCCUGCCGUAUGGAGACCAGACGAUGCUGGGGGAGCAGGGGGUGAACCUGUCGGGGGGGCAGAAACAGCGGAUCAGUCUGGCCCGAGCCGUGUACUCCGACAGGGACGUGUACCUGCUGGACGACCCGCUGUCCGCCGUCGACGCCCACGUGGGACAACAGCUGUUUGAGGAGAUCAUCAGGAAGGAGCUGCGGGGGAAGUCCGUCAUACUGGUGACGCACCAGCUGCAGUACAUGGAGUUCUGUGAUGAGGUUCUGGUCUUGAAGGACGGGGCGGUUCUAGAAGCAGGGAGCCACGUGGAGCUGCUGCAGGCGGAGCGACAUUAUUCUGAGCUGAUCAGCAAACACCUGACGGAGCAGCGUUCACCUGAGAAAGAAGAGAAGAAGAAGGUGGAGCUGAAUGGACACGUGCACAGCGGGAUGGUGAAUCCAGCGUUCGACAUGUCCGAUGAGAACGUAGACGCACCUUCAUCUGACUGCAAAUCUGCUGUGGACGAUCAGCUGAUUGAUCCGGAGAGCAGCAGGGACGGUUUGGCCACAUGGAAAACAUUUCAGAAGUACUGUCAGGCAGCCGGAGGAUACUGUGUGAGCAUCUUCAUCUUCCUCCUCUUCACUGUGAUGAUCGCUAACACAGCUUUAAGCUACUGGUGGCUCAGCUACUGGCUGCAGCAGGGACACGGGACAGGUAACGUGACGUUGUCAGAGCGAGGAAACAUCUCUCUGAACGCAGACCUUCCCUUCUACCAGCUGAUGUUUGGUCUGCUGAUAGUCCUCCUGCUCAUCGUCUGCAUGAUUAAAUGUUUCUGCUACGUCAAGGUGACGUUUCACGCCUCCACCACGCUGCACAACAGCCUGCUGAAGAAGAUCCUGGUGAGUCCAAUGAGGUUCUUUGACACGACGCCGACUGGCCGCGUCCUCAACUGUUUCUCCAGAUAUCAGGAUGAGAUGGACUCUUUGGUGCCUCACCAUCUGAACAUCCUGCUCAUCUUCUUUCUGAUCGCCAUCUGCAUCUGCAUCAUCAACUCCAUCAUCUUCCCCAUCAUGCUGCUGCCGGCGCUCGUCCUCAUUGUACUCUUGGCCCUCCUCCUCUGGAUGUUUCUGAGUAACAUCUGUGGCUUAAAGAAGAUGGAGAACAUCAGUCGCUCUUCCUGCAUCUCUCUCUGCACUUCCAUCGCUCAGGGCCUCAGCAUCAUCCACGCCUACAACAAGACUGACGAGUACAUCCAGCUGUUUAAGAGCCUGUCUGACAUCAACGCUAACCACUUCUUACUGUUUAACUACGGGAUACGAUGGCUGUGUUUCCUGGUGGACGCUCUGUGUACCGUCAUGGUGCUGCCGGUCUCCCUGCUGGUCAUCUUCAGCUCCAAUGAUUUUUGCAGCCCCCCCAUGAAAGCCCUCGCCCUGGUCUUCAUCAUACAGCUGACAAGCAACUCUCAGUGCAUGAUCCAGGCUCUGAUGGAGGUGGUGGUGAGGUUCCUGUCUGUGGAGCGGCUGCUGGAUUACAUCACGGGUUGUGAGGCCGAGGCCUCGGGGCAGCUGCAGGUGGAUCAGGUCCAGGAGAACUGGCCUCAGCACGGAGCCAUCACCUUCCUGGACUAUAAGAUGAGGUACAAGGACAACUCACCCGUCGUCCUCAAUGGCCUCCAGCUCCACAUCAGAGCCAGGGAGAAGCUGGGCAUCGUUGGAAGGACGGGCUCUGGGAAAUCGUCUCUGGCUGUGGCUCUGUUCCGGCUGGUUGAACCGGCUGCAGGAAGCAUCUUGAUAGACGGAGUGGACAUCACAUCCAUAAGCCUGUUCGACCUGCGUAGGAACCUGUCCAUCAUCCCUCAGGACCCUGUGCUGUUCACCGGGACUGUCAGGUACAAUCUGGACCCGUUCAACAGCUACAGUGAUGAGGAGAUCUGGGCGGCGCUGGAGAAGACCUACAUGAAGGAGACAAUCUGCCGUCUGGACGGGAAGCUGCAGGCUGAGCUGACGGAGAACGGAGGAAACUUCUCUGUAGGACAAAGACAGCUGAUGUGUCUGAGCAGAGCGCUGCUACGAAACAGUAAGAUCAUCCUGUUGGACGAGGCGACAGCGUCUGUGGAUGCAGAGACAGACGCUCUGAUCCAGAUCACCAUCAGAGAGGCGUUUCAGCACUGCACCAUGCUGACCAUUGCUCACCGCAUCAACACAGUGCUGCAGGCCGACCGCAUCCUGGUGCUGGACCACGGAGAGGUUGUGGAGUUUGAUCAUCCAGAUGUGUUGAAACAAAGACCCAACUCACUGUUCACCACUCUGCUGACUGCUGCUAAUACUGUGACGUCUUGAAGUGCUCAAAAGCACCAACACUGUGAUGUCCCGAAACCCUCAAACGCACCGACACCGUGACAUCCCAAAGUCCUCAAACGCACCGACACUGACUGCAGUUUAUUUAUUGUUUUUAUUUAUAAAAGAUAAAAAUCAUCUGUUUUAAAAUGAUUUAAUGAAAUUAAAAGUCCGUCCAGCUGA